AUGUUAGAAAAAAAGUUUGCUGACAUUGACAAGAAAUUUGAGAAUGUUUUAAACAAGAACAAGAGGAAGUUAGAAAAUGCUCAGAUAAAGCCUAUACAUGACAAGUUCUUAUUUGCUCAGAAUGGUAUAACAGGUCUAAUUGCACCACCUGGGUCGGGUAAGACUUUCACUUAUCUUAAAAUGGCUGCACAACAACAAGAACUAGAUGAGAAGAACCCAUUCUAUGAGUUAGUUGUCAUUUGUAGUACUUCUGGUCAAUUUGACCAAACCGUCAAUUCGUUCAAAGAUAUUAUAAAGAAGUCUAAGUUAGUAUGUAUAAAAGACUCUGAGUUGUUAGAUUGGAUAAAGAAGUACCAAAGAAGAGUUUUGAAGUAUAAUGCUAUAAAUGAGUAUAUAAAUUCUAAGUUUAAAGACCCAAAUGAGGAAAUGCAGAGAAUAUUAGAGAAGAAACACUUCAGAAACAAACAGAAAGAGAUAGAAUACAUUUCGAAGAAAUUGCAAUCUUACGAUUGGAAGACUUACCCUCAUAGAUGUCUUCUUAUCUUAGAUGACUUUGCUUCUCAUCCUUUGUUAAAGAAUAGAGAACAAGACAUGUGUCGAAUUCUUAAGAAGCUCAGACACUUUAACAUCUCAGUU